AAUCGAGUGGCUAAUACUAUGACGACCUCCAUCUGGCUGCUGGCCCUUGUGGUGGCCAUCAAUGCCCGCUCGCUGCAAGUGCCGCGUGGAUAUGGCAUUCCUCAUCCGCCUCCACAUAAUCCGUACUAUUACUCGCCCUAUACGUAUGCGGCCGCUAGAGCCUAUGCUGGGGUUCGGCCCAGUCCGAUGCUCUACAACCCGCCGGGCAGCUAUUACGACAGCAUUUACGGCGUGCACAGAUUCCUGCCGGGUGGCGGAAAUCCUAUAGCUGUGGACUAUAACAAUCGUUGUUCAAGGAAUUACGUGGGCAUAAAGCCCCAUCCCGAUCAGCAGCAAUACUACUAUGUGUGCCAACCCAACUGCGUCAUCUUCAGCAAAUGCCCCGAACUGAAGAAAUUCAGCUCAGCCACUGGCCGCUGCGUGGAGCGCGUGAAUCCCGAUUAUCCACCGAUUUGCAAGAAGGAGGGUCGCUUCGCCUAUCAAUACGAUUGCAGAAUCUAUUACAAAUGCGAUAGGAAUUUGACGCCUCAGCUCUACGGCUGCCCCACAGGCACCAUAUUCUCGCAACUGGAAGGCAAGUGCAUACCCGGCGAUGAGUGUCCUUCGACUGAGAUAUCGAACAGCGGCAGCUAUAUACCAGAGAACUGCGAGCUCAAGUUUCCCGAAUGCACGACAGAGGGCACGUUUAGAUCACCGAAGGAUUGCGCCUUGUACUACACCUGCAAAUUACAGCCUAGUGGAAACUAUUUGCAAACGCGUUUCAAAUGUCCUGGCAACAACAGCUACGACCCGAAGCGAAAACUUUGCCGACCCCAUCAUGAAGUCGAUUGCCAAGGCUAUCUAUCCUAUGCACCUAUUUCGCCUUAUCAGCCCUAUGUCUCCGAAGCAGACUUUGACACUGGGGCACGAGAGAAGCAACCAGAGCAGCCCGAAACUAGCUCGAUAUCCGAGGACUCUAAAGCACCAAGCAUUGAAAGUCCCAAGCAACGUCUUCAAAUAGUUAUAUUGCCUACGAAGCCUACACCCAAACCAACAACGGCGACAACGGUGGCCACGCCUACAGCACCCACCAACAAAUAUCCAGACUAUCCAUCAUAUCCGUCAUAUCCUUCGUAUCCUUCGUAUCCUUCAUAUCCGUCGUAUCCUGCAUAUCCUUACUACCCGGCAAAUCCCGCAUAUCCUAGCUACAACUACGGAAGUCCGCUCAUAGAGCCAGCAGCGCUGCUUGAAGAGACUCCAGACCCAGAAUCUUCAGUAAAAAUUGUUAUCAUCCCAACAACGGACAAGCCAGAAACAGAUUGUGAUAAAUACCCUCCGAAGCGCCCCUACCCUACAUAUCCUUCCUACCAAAAGACCGACUCUACCACGGCUCCAACCACAACUUCCAUUACAACUGCCAAAAGCACGGACUCUCCGUCUAGUAACUUAGAGUUUAGGACUUUUCAGGUUCAGCCGUCAAGUGUUGGCUUCAGAAGUUUAAUCCAGAAAAAAAUUGUUAUACUGCCGCCGGCGCCCAAAAGCACAAUCCCACCGACAACUGAAGAGCCAAUCAUUACCACAGUGGUGCUUAGUACAUCAGACGCACCAGCAACAACUACCAAGCCAACACCUACUAAGCCAAAGCCAACGAGGCCAACUGUGAGGCCACCACCAGCUACCACACCUUCAACGACAACAGAGACCUCUACAACAACUAAGAAACCAAGCACAACAACUUCACAGCCAACGACAACAACAAGGCCGACAACGACCACAAUAACCACUCCUAAGCCCACAACAACUGUAAAGCAAACAACAACGAAGCAAACAACAGCUCGUACACAAACAACAACUCCUCCAACAACAGCCCCUCAACCAACAACAACUCCUCAAUCAACAACAUCUCCCCCAACAACACUAACUCAACCCUCAACAACUUCUCAACCAACGACAACACCUAAGCCAACAACACUAACUCAACCCUCAACAACUACUCAACCAACGACAACAACAACUCCUCAACCAACAACAACGCCUCAACCAACAACAACACAUCAACCAACAACAACUCCUCAGCCAGCAACAACAACUCAACCCUCAACAGCUCAACCAACUACAACAACUCAAUCAACGACUCCAUCAAGAACAACUCCUCAACCAACGACGCCUACAACAACAACGCCUAGGCCCACAACAUCACCUAAGUCUACAUCAAUUAAUCCCGAGCCGACAACAACUGUAAAAUCAACUACUUUUAAGCGAGAAACCACCAAUGAAAUUCCGACUUCCAAACUAACGACAAAACCUAAGCCAAUCACAACUAGUCAAGCCCCAACUACACCAGUACCAACAACUCCCAAGCCAACAACUCCCAAGCCUACAACCACAACUCCUAAGCCAACAACAACUACUGAGGCAACAACCACUCCCAGGCCAACAACAACUACGACUACACCAACAACAACUACAACACCAGCCACUACGACAUCGGAGGUAACAACUGCUGAGCCAAUAACAACAAGCGUUCUAACGACAAAAUCGAAUCCAACUACAACACCCAAGCCUACAACAACUACUCAGCCUACAACUCCUCAGCCUACAACAACUCCUCAGCCUACAACAACUACUCAGCCUACAACAACUUCCAAGCCAGCAACAACACCUAAGCCAACGACAACUCCUAAGCCCACAACAGCUCCUACAACCUCUCCUAAACCAUCCCCAACUGCUGAUACAACGACAACUGCUAAGCCAACAACAAGUCCUAAGCCAACGACAACUUCUCAGGCAACAACAACUCCCAAGCCAGCAACAUCAUCUAAGACAUCGACAACCAUCAAGCCAACCACAACUGCUCAACCAACAACAACCGCAAGACCAACAACCCCGAGUCCAACAACCUCGAUAGUGACAUCAACCAAACAACCAACAACUCUGGCGCCAACAACAACAAACACCACUGCAACAUCGGAGCUAACCACGGCCACCAAACUGCCUCCUUGUCAAUCAAGGUAAGUCUCAAACGAAUUUAUAUUAUCCCAAUGUCUUUUUAUACACACAACUCCAAGUGGGCAGCUUAUACCAAGUUUACACACUCAACCACACUCAAUCAACUGCUUUACAGACACACAAUGCAUACAGCAACAACAACAACAGCAACAACAACAACUCAACAACAUCAAACACACAGAAACCGAAACACAAUUUGUUAUAAACAAAUCGAGCAAAAAUCUAUUUGGUGAAAGAGAUUCGCCAUCCUCGCUGUUGUCCAAGAGCUUAGUUUCCAGCGAGGGUAGCCUAGAUUAUAUGAACGAUGAGCCCGCACCGGAAGAGGACAGCACCACAGCGAAGUGGACAACGGAAAAGCCACUAGCAAAGCCCUCGACCAUGUCCAGCAUAGCUGCAGCACAUAUACUCAAGAAGCUCUUCCAGGUGAUAUCGACAACAGCUGCACCCGUAUCGAAGGUAACCUUUGCCCAAAUGGCGAGGCACAAUUUGGCCACAUCGAAGCCCUUUAUAGCCGUGUCCUUGAGGCAGUCGAUCAAGCAGCUGACGCGCGAAUUACCAAUACCACAAAAUGCCACCAAAGAAGCUGAAGCUGACGAUUCGGAGUACUAUGAUAGCGAGUACGAUACGAAUGAGCUGGAGAAUGUGGUUGAUAAGCAUGAUCUGGCAGAUAAAAAGCCAGUAAUAAACAGUACAGCUGGCACCACCAAGAGCACCACUGCGACGAUAACUUCAGUGGAAAGCACCACAAAACCAAUAACCCCACCAGCAGCUGCUGCCAUCGAUCCGCUAGAAACUAGCUCCAGUGUGCCGGUGCCAGCUGUAGCUAAUGCAACCGCAUCCAAAUCCGAUGAUAGAGAUUACUCCGAAAACUAUGUGGAUUCGGACUAUGCCAAUGAUGAGCCCAUGGAAGAGGCUCAACAGACCACCGCAAAACCCGACUUGAAUGCCCAAAAGCAGACGCUGAUCCAACUGCUAAAACAGAAAAUAAUUCAAGCAGCCAACACCAUGCCGCCUGCACCACUAAGCUCCACCACCAGCAAGAGUCCCAACUUGUUUGCUAAUGAAAUUACAAGCAGUCGAAAUGACUUGAGCGUGCCAAAAAGCCUAUUGAUGCGUCUGCUAAGACAGAAGCUGAGCAGAACGAGCACCACCUUAGCACCACUCAGCAGAAGCAGCAGCAGUAGCACAACUGCGGGCACCACAGCACGUACCACAACAACCAAGAGCUUAAACGCAAUAGGCAGCAGCUCAGAAUACUACGACGAUGAGGAUUAUGAGUAUGUAAACGAUGCAGAGGAAGCAGACAGAGCCACUGGCGUAGCCACAGAGGCCACUAUUAAGCAGGCAGCGCUUAGAGCCGCCACGGCCAAGCGACACUCCCUGCACCCGUCUCUCCACCAGGUGAAUGGGUUAACGAGCGAGGCCAAGCAGCAACAAAUGUCCGAGACUUCUGCACUUAAGCCACAAAGUGUGCCGCUGCCAGUACCCGCAUUUCUCAAGCAAUCAGCGAAGCAAUUUAAUGAAAUAUCAAAGCAUAAAUCAAAGCAUGACAAUUUUCUAGAUAGCAACAGCAUAGUAAAAGCCAAAACAACAGUAACAGCAACAGCAACAGCAACAGUAUCUCCAAGCAAUGCUCGCACCACACUAUCAAAUAGGGGCCAGGAGAUAAAAUCGAGUCGUACACAACUUUUGAAAUCAAACAGCACCACAGUAAAACCCAACACAACAACCACCAGCACCACUAGCAGCAACACACAGACAGAAGCAGCAGCAAGCCACAGCGUAAGCCCUACAGCUACAACCACCAGCACCACUCACAACACGCUUCCACAAGCUGCAGUAGCCACGCGCCAAGAGAAGCCCACACUGAAAGAAAAUCCUACACGACAAUUGAAAGCGAACAGCACCACAGUAACGCCCAAUACAACAACCACAACAACAUCCAGCAGCACCACUCGCAAGACACAGCCAACACCAGGACCCACACGGCAAGAGAUGUUCAGUUUUAUGAAAAACUCAAUACAGCAAUUGCAACUAAACAAACACACAGUAAACCCUAAAACCACAGCAACCACAAUCACAACCACGAGCACCACACAAGCGACAACUACAGAGAAGUUCAGAAAUACACGUCAAGAAAAACUACAGACGCUGCAAAGUCUUAGUCAAGUAAGGGACUUAGAGACAGCAACCACCAGACCAACCACUCGCACCACUCAACAGACAAAAUUGGCAGCAGCAUCCACACACCAAGAGAUUCUAACGGUUAAUCAAAAGCCGUGGCUGCUGCAAUCAAAGAAUCAAAGCAUACACCUAAUGCCGCUACAAGCGGCCAGCGCUAGCAAUAGCAACCCCCCAGUGACUCACACGAAUCGUUCAUCAUUAUUAGAGUAUACAACGGCCGGCUACUAUACGACGGAAAAGGUGCCCGAGCUAAUAUUGAAGGUAUACGAGCCCAUCGAUGUGAAGGUCGUCUUCUGUCCCAGAAACUGUGACGAGGACCACGAUCAUAAAUAUGACCCAGCUGAUAAUUAUAAGUCGAAUUGUACGACGGGUUGUGAUACGCCCAAUCCGAAAACUCAUCACAGCGUAGAUCUAUGGUGGAAGCCACUCGAACUGAAGGAUACGGCGGGUUUCCAGACCAUAACAUAGAUUCCCAUAUAUAUAUAUA